UAGCGCACACAGCUCAUCGCCCCAUUUCGCCCCGCGCCGCCCUGCCUUGCCUUGCCUCCUCCGCCGCACCGGCGCCUCCGCCGCUGGAACCGAGUAGCGCGGUCCUCCCUUCCUCCCCUCCUCCCUCCGCGCGGCGCCGGCGGGGUUAAUGCACCCGUGAGGGCCGCGGCGGAGAGACCGGGUCUUGGGUUGGGGAGGGCGGUGCGCCGGUGCCGUGUUUAAGGCGAGAAGGGGAGGAGGUUGGGGAGAGAGAUGGGGGGUUCCAAGGGGGAGGACAAGCCCGCCGCCGGCGAGGAUUGGUGCUACCAGUUCGGGAACAAGGACACAUUGAUUGUGAAGCCUUCAAAGAAAUCACCUCUCGCAUUGAGAAUGGUUGUUUUUGCUAUGACUAUGAUCUGCGGGAUAUUUAUCUGCACAAUGUGUAUGAAACAACUAGGAAGUGAUAGCUGGUCUAGAAUAGUGAAGAUCGAAGUUGCGGAACAGUCAUGCAAUAAGUCUGCAAUCGCUCCUUCUGAGGUUCAUUUUGUACAUUACCCACAACCAAUAACUUAUAGCAGGAGUGAAUGCAUGUGUACCCCUGUCCGGUACUUCGCAAUUAUCUCGUCACAACGUUCUGGAAGUGGCUGGUUUGAAACUCUUCUUAAUAGCCACAUGAAUGUUAGUUCGAACGGUGAAAUUUUCUCUUCAAAAGAAAGGAGAAGUAACAUGACAUCUAUAAUAAAGACAUUGGAUAAGGUGUACAAUUUGGAUUGGAAUAGUAGCGCUUCCAAGAAUGAAUGCACUGCUGCUGUUGGCUUAAAGUGGAUGCUUAAUCAGGGUCUUGUAGCAAAUCAUGCGGAUGUAGCUGACUACUUCAAUCGAAGAGGAGUCUCUGCAAUAUUUCUCUUCAGACGGAACCUCCUCCGUCAGUUGGUAUCUCAACUUGCGAAUAAUCAUGACAGAUACCUUAAGCAAUUGAAUGGAACACACAAAGCCCAUGUUCACACCGCGUUUGAGGCCAAUAUACUUGCAAGAUAUAAGCCGAGACUCAACACAACAUCAUUAAUACGGAGUCUGAAACAAGCAGAUGAUUACACUCGUGAUGCUAUUGAAAAUCUAAAGAGUAUCAACCACAUUACUAUCUACUAUGAGGAUCUCAUCCAGAACAGAACAAAAGUUUAUGAUGUCCUGGAUUUCCUCAAAGUACCAAAGAAGAAACUAGUCAGUCGACAUGUGAAGAUACACACCAAACCACUCUCGGAGCAAAUUGAAAAUUGGGAUGAAGUCUACAAUGCUCUAAAUGGCACUCAGUAUGAGAGUUUCUUGAAUGCUGACUACAGAAUAUGACACAACGUGCCUUCACAUUUCUUGUAUAGAAAUUUCCUUCCCCUAGUUACUUUUCUUUCUAAAAUAGCUGGCCUUGAUGUGCCUGGCGAAAAUUUUGACGGCGCAUUUCCACGGUUGCCCAUGAGUGUUCUUUGAUAGGUCCCCUAAUUUUACACUAGGUUUUCUUUUUGAUGUUUUCUGUAACUGAUAUGGUCAGGAUUCUAAUCUUGUGUAUUUCGGUGCUUAUUCUUCUC